GGUAUCAUGGAGCGCUGGUGCAACAAAGUGGCCGUGGUGAGCGGAGCCAGUGCAGGAAUUGGUGCCGCUUGCACCAGGGCCCUGAUCGGCGCAGGCAUGGUGGUCGUGGGCCUGGCAAGGCGGCAGGAGCGGGUGGAGCUCCUCCGCAAGGAUCUGAGUCCCGAACAGCAGUCCCGGUUGCAUGCAAUCAAGUGCGAUAUUACACAGGAGGAUCAGGUACAAAAGGCCUUUGACUGGGCUAGCAGGGAGUUCGGAGGCGUAGACGUCCUGGUAAGCAAUGCCGGCAUUAUAGGUACCGGAGAACUUAGCGAGCGGAAUGACGGUCCUGCCAUGCGGUCCACCAUUGAGACCAAUAUCAUGGGCACCGUUUACUGCGUCCGCGAGGCCUUCCAUUCGAUGAAAAAGCGGGGCUCCGAAGGUCACGUGGUAAUCGUGAAUAGCGUGGCGGGUUACCAGGUUCCCAACCUGGGUCCCCAGCUGCCUUCGCUUAACAUUUACCCGGCCACCAAGUUUGCCCUUCGCGCCAUGAACGAGAUCUACCGGCAGGAGUUCCAGCGGCACAAGACCCCUGUAAGGGUUUCGACCGUCAGUCCCGGCAUAGUUGAUACGGACAUCUUGCCUGAGCAGAUACAGGGUGUUAUAAAGCAGCACAUGCCCAUGUUGCGAAGUGAUGACGUGGCCGAUGCGGUUCUGUGGACUAUCAGCACACCGCCUAACGUUCAGAUCCAUAAUAUCACCAUUAAGCCCCAAGGCGAAAAGUUCUAAUCCGUCAUAUAAAUGGCAAAGUGCAAUCGACAGCAAGCAACGGAACUUUAUGAUGUAAAAUAUUUUGCUGUUAAAUUAAAAAUUAAGUUUUGUCUUGUCAUUUAUUUAUUUUUGGUCCUUAAACUUAGAGAAUUUUUCGCUUAUUAUUGUUCAAAAACAGUACUCGUACUUCUAGCCCUUGAAAGAUUCUGGCUCAAGACAACAAAAAGAAUAAACAAAACCCUAAAUAUAA